AUGAUUUCGAAAAUGAAUAUUGUUUUUGCAAUUUGUGCUGUGGUGUGUUUGUGUUAUGUCGAAGAUGUCCUUGGUGGUGCAACUGAGGAACAGAUGUGGGCCGCCGGAGGUCUGAUGCGUGAUGUGUGCUUGCCGAAAUUUCCCAAAGUGACCAAAGAAAUUGCUGAUGGUAUUCGAGCUGGUAAUUUGCCCAAUGAUAAGGAUGCUAAGUGUUACGUUAAUUGUAUCUUGGAAAUGAUGCAAACGAUGAAAAAAGGUAAAUUCCUUUAUGAAGCCUCUUUGAAACAAGUGGAAAUCCUCAUGCCCGAUCAUUACAAGGAAGAAUACAGGGCCGGUUUGGCCAAGUGUAAAGAUGCAGCUGUGGGCGUAAAGAACAAUUGUGAAGCAGCCUACACAAUCUUCACCUGUUUGCGUGCUGAAAUUACUAAAUUUGUAUUCCCUUAA